UUGAGAAAUAUUCUUAUGUUCUCCAUACAGAAUACCAGGGAAACUGCUCAUGCUCUCAGAAAGUUACCUUUGGCUAAAGCAAAACGGUAUCUUGAAGAUGUUAUUGCCCACAAACAAGCCAUCCCCUUCAGGAGGUAUUGCAGGGGUGUAGGGCGAACCGCUCAAGCCAAGGCUCGCCAUUCAAAUGGACAGGGUCGCUGGCCCGUUAAAUCUGCAAGAUUUAUAUUGGAUUUGCUUAAAAAUGCUGAGAGUAAUGCUGAUGUUAAAGGCUUGGAUGUGGAUGCUCUCCAUAUCUCUCACAUUCAGGUGAACCAAGCUCAGAAGCAGAGGCGCAGGACAUACCGUGCUCAUGGCCGAAUCAACCGUAUGCCAUUUUUAUCUUCUUUUGAUUGUUUUGUAUAAGUAUUGUGGUUCUUA